AUGGCUGAACAUUACCAGCAGCUCCACCCAACACAGUACCACAACCAACAACAGCCUCGGUCCCACCAGGUUGUGAAGGCCGCCACUGCUGUCACCGCCGGUGGCUCCCUUUUGCUUCUCUCCGGUUUGACUCUGGCUGGCACCGUCAUUGCACUGACCAUUGCCACUCCACUCUUCGUCAUAUUCAGUCCUGUUCUUGUCCCUGCGGUCAUUACAGUGGCUCUUUUAACCACGGGCUUCCUCGCGUCCGGUGGUUUCGGUGUAGCAGCUAUCACUGUUUUGUCAUGGAUCUACAGGUUUGUUACUGGGAAGCACCCACCUGGGGUAGAUCAGCUUGAUUAUGCACGCAAUAAACUGGCUGGUAAAGCGCGAGAAAUGAAGGACAAGGUUGAGCACUAUGGGCAGCAGCACACGGGGACGCAGCAGCAUCAGAGCUCUUAAGCCGUGUUGUGUUGAUGGGAUCUCUGCCAUGUGAUGGACGUCGAUGGUGAUAGAUGAUUGGUUGGAGAUCAAACGUCUAUGAUACAAUCAAAGUGUUGUAGUUGAGAAGUCAAUUGGUUCUAUGUGUUUGU